UUGUUGGCAUCCGGCGCGGAUAGGUGUGACACACUUGACAUUUCCCCCGAAACAAGCGAACUCAUUCAAGGGUCUGUAGCUGAAGGUGCCGCUUCAAACGGUAAAAGAUGUUUUUGACAAGAUCGGAAUAUGACAGAGGUGUGAACACAUUCUCUCCAGAAGGACGGUUGUUCCAGGUUGAAUAUGCCAUUGAGGCUAUUAAAUUGGGCUCAACAGCAAUCGGCAUACAAACAUCAGAAGGAGUGUGUCUGGCUGUGGAGAAGAGGAUCACCUCUCCCCUGAUGGAGCCCAACAGCAUUGAGAAGAUCGUUGAGAUCGACACUCACAUCGGUUGUGCCAUGAGUGGCUUGAUAGCUGAUGCCAAGACUCUAAUCGACAAAGCAAGAGUGGAAACACAGAACCACUGGUUCACUUACAAUGAGACGAUGACAGUGGAGAGUGUGACUCAGGCUGUGUCCAACAUGGCGCUGCAGUUUGGAGAGGAGGACGCUGAUCCUGGUGCCAUGAGUCGACCAUUUGGUGUAGCACUUCUGUUUGGGGGAGUUGAUGAAAAAGGACCUCAGCUUUACCACAUGGACCCAUCAGGAACCUUUGUGCAGUGUGAUGCCCGUGCUAUUGGCUCAGCGUCUGAGGGAGCACAGAGUUCUCUGCAAGAAGUUUACCACAAGUCCAUGACAUUAAAAGAUGCCAUCAAGUCGUCUCUCACCAUCCUGAAGCAGGUGAUGGAGGAGAAGCUCAACGCCACCAAUAUUGAGCUGGCAACAGUAGAGCCUGGGAAGACUUUCCACAUGUAUUCCAAAGAGGAGCUGGAAGAUGUAAUCAAGGAUAUCUAAAAAAAUUAAAAGACUUAAGUCUUGGUUUGAGUUCUGGACAGGAGACGAGGAAACUACACAUGGGCUGAAUGUCACAAUUGCAACAUUCUCCUCUUUGCUGCAGAGCUUUUCUACAUUGCAUACAAGGCGUGUCUUUGUAAUUUUCUUCUCUGUCACAAUUUGUGCAGCCCUGUACAGAUAUCUGACCAAUUCUUACAGCCUGGUGGCACAAAAAAAUGUCUGGGUGGGGGAAGAGGGUGGGGCUAUUUUUUGUUACUAAUCAGUAAAGCAAUUAAACUUGUAUUCAGAAGGUGGCUUUUGUGGUUUUUGAUUAUUUCUUGGUUUUCAGGUGUUAGUCAGAGGCAGGGCUGGCCAGUAUAUCGAUAUUAUAUCUAUAUCGUGACUUGGGACAAGAUAUCGUAUCAUGAUAUGUAUUCUUGGUUUUAAUACAGAUCAUUAACAGUAGAUAUUUUUAUUUUAGUGUAUUUCACUAUACGUCAAGAAGCAUAAACGUCUCCAAAAGAAAAAAAACAGUCCAGGGAAAUGACUUGUGUGCAGCUUUAUAUCUCCAUAUAUUACUUAUAAGCCAUAUCACCCAUCCUACAGCAACUGCCAUGUUCAAAGGUUGUCUUAACUUGAGCUCAAAUUAAAGUCACUGAACCAUG